AUGCAGAAACGCGUCAAAGUGUGCAUCAGGGUGCGGCCAACCACCAGCAAAGAUUUUGAUGCUACCAAGUCCAACGAGAUUGUCUCUACCAAUGACGCAGUGGUGAUCGAUGAACAGCAGCAGACCAUCAGUGUCAUCACAAAUGCAGCUUCAGGUGAUGGUACGAGUUUCCGAUUUGAUCAAGUGCUCUCGCCAGGGAUCGACCAAGCUGGUGUUUUUCGAUUCGUGGGCUCCGACGUCGUGGAUGGAGCGUUGAGCGGCUACAAUGGUUGCAUUCUAGCGUAUGGCCAGACGGGAGCGGGUAAGACGUACACUAUGUCUGGAGGAGGCCCACGUCGCCGCUUCGAGGACCGCGGACUCAUUGCACGAUCCUUAUCUCGUGUGUUCCAGCGCACUCAACAGGACGCCGACCACUCGUAUGCGCUGCGCGUGUCGUAUCUCGAAAUCUACAAUGACCGCCUCAUCGAUCUGCUCGCGGCAGAUGUUGGUACUAGUCAUGCCCCGAACGAUCUCGCAAUUCAGGAGAAUGCACGCGGACAAACGUUUGUGCGUGGUCUCACGAAGGCUCUCGUGUCCAGUGAGGAACAGGCACUAGAUCUAGUUUUUCAAGGCGAAACUAACCGCGCAGUGGCUGAGCACGCGCUUAAUGCUGCGUCAACACGCUCACACUGCAUUUUCACGCUAUACCUGGAACGGAAGCGUAGCGUCAUGUCUUCUGAGUUGAUCGAGGAAGACAGCAAUCAAGACGAAACAAGCGGAGGCCAUCAGAAUGAAGUCGAUGUCGUUUACAGCAAAUUGCACUUAGUAGACCUCGCGGGGUCAGAGCGGAUGAAAAAGACUCUGACGGAGGCAAAUUCCACAAGAGCUAACGAGGCCUGUUACAUCAACCGGUCGCUAACGUUCCUAGUGCAGGUUGUGCUUGCACUCGGGAGCAAGAACCGAGCCCACGUGCCGUUCCGACAAACGCCUCUGACCAAUUUGCUUAAGGACUCGCUGGGCGGCAACUGCCGCACACUGCUAGUGGCGUGUGUAUGGCCAGCACCGACACAUGCGGAUCAAAGUCUGGCGACGUUGCGAUUCGCAGCGAGGAUGCGCCGUGUCAAAACUCAAGCAAUUGUCAACGUUGUUGCCAGUGGCUCCGGCUCUGCUGGGUCGAAGCUGGCAAGCGACGAGAGAGCUGCGUAUCGGGACGAGAUCCGACGAUUGCGUGAAGAACUCGUGCUGUACGAUGCAAUAGCUGGGCGCACACGGGCCGACCACGGCAGCAUGGGAAACGGUAGCCAGGCCGAGGAAUCGAGGCGCCAACAGAUCGCCGCGUUCUUGACGGAUGCCGAGCAGAUCCCACCUGUUCAGAGUCUUCGGCAAGUACAUCAACUGUUGCAAACCUUUCGUUUAGUUUGCCUCGAACAGAAAGCUUCGGUCGACUCAGCAAUAAGUCAAACGAAAAACACCGGGAGCAAGAUGGUGGCGCAGAUUCGAGCGCUUCGAGGUCACACGCCGCCAGACCUCAGUUCGUCGUCUGUGCCUAGGAACAGUUCCAGCAAUCUCAACAAUAAUCCUGCCGAACCAACCGCAACGAUACUUCCACCGCUCUACAGAGAGAAUCAACCACAACAGCAGCAACAGCAGCAACAGCAGCAACGCGUUGCAUCAGCUCCUAUCUCACGCGAGAGCGACAAAGAGCUCUUUGAACGAUUCAAGGCCGUGGGAGGCGCUGAUCCCAGCGCUGAGGUGCUGCGCGACCUGGAGCAGGCCAAGAUGAAUCUUCGCGAGGCGAAGGCUCAGUAUGCAGCGCUGGUUCUUGCAGUCAACCGCGUAAAACUGGAGAUCGACGGGUAUGCGCUGCAACUGCAGAAGCUUCGAGACUGCACUACGUCCGAGCAACCGAAGGAGACGGAGGAGACCGAGGCCCAAAGCAUGUCGUUGCUGCAGUUGCAGGACGCGAAGAAGCGAUAUCGCGCCACGUUCGAGCAGCUUCAGGAGAAGAAGGCGGAGGUUGGUUACCUCGGCAAAAUUAAGGCGCAGAUGCUACAGCGAGUGGCGCUGCAGUUCCAAGCCUGGAGAGAUCAGCAGGAAAAUGGCACCGAAACGGUAGUGGGAGGCGAUUGGCCUGGAUGAGGCCACUCCGGUGCUGUUUGGUGAUCCCGUUGACGAGAAGAUCGAUCGGCAGUAAUUUAAAGGAAACGAAAGCGACGCAUAGAAGUUAAACGAACAGCUGAGGGCAUAUGAGAAGCCAACGCGCUGCCAUUCAGUAUCGACAAGGUUGUGUCGGCUUGAUGUAAGGGCGAAUUCUGUUGGGGCGACUAUCGACGCAGCUUUCGAAUUGAUAACCACAUAUCCCACCAAUUUACACGCAUUGUGAGCGACGGC